AUGCACCUCUCACUCGACCUAGGCCUGGCCCUCCUCGCCUUCCUGCCGGGCCUGGCGUUGGCGGCCAAGACGCCCAAGAACGCCAUCCUCCUCUCGGAAGUGCAGUCCCUCACCCUCCGCGGCGGCGGCGCGAAGACGACGCACCGCCGCGUGUCCGCCGUGCCGCAGCUGAAAUGCGUCUCGUCCAAGGCCAUCUGCGACCUGUACGAGAUCGACGUGAUGCGGUGCACCAACCAGGGCGCCGGCUAUUCGUCCGAGGACAUCCAGUGGUCCUGCGUUGCCUCGCUGCCCGAGGAGCUCAAGCUGGGGUCCACCGACGUCAUCUGCGAGGGCUACGCCAACUCGGACGACCCGUACGUCCUCCGCGGGAGCUGCGGCGUCGAGUACCGCCUCGCGCUGACCGACAAGGGCGAGCGGCGGUACCCGAACCUGGGCAAGGGCCGCGGCCGCGGGAGCGGGGGGGACGGCGAGUCGGACUGGGGCGCCUAUCUCUUUGGGGUCCUCUUCUUUGCCGUCCUGGCUUGGAUCGUGUACUCGGCGUGUGUGGCGGGCGCGCAGAACCGGAGACCUGGUGGUAACGGACGGCGUCGUGGAGGCGGCGGCGGUGGAGGCGGAUGGAAUCCCGGCUUCGGCCAGGACGAUGACCCUCCCCCGCCGUACCCGGGCACGAAACCCUCUAGCCAAGGCGGACAGCAAGGAUGGCGUCCCGGGUUCUGGACCGGCGCAGGAGCAGCCGGCGCAGCGGGUUACGGAGCGGGCUACUACCAGGGCAGAAACAGCGCGAGGAACCAGCAAGGGUACGGCACGGGCGGCCGGGGCAACGACAGCAGCUCGAGCUCGUGGGGAGCCGGCCCGUCGAGGUCGACCAGUUCGUCGUCGAGCUCGGCACGUCACGAAAGCAGCGGUUUCGGGUCCACCAGCAGGAGAUAG